AUGGCGAACAUGUUUGGAGCUUUGAACAGAUUCAUCUCGCGCCUUGACGCUGAUCCUCAAGCUCAGAAGCAGAGCGGUGGAUCUGACACGUACGGAUUCCAAGUGCUUCGCAACACCAAUCCAGAGCUACCCCUGGAGCCAUGGUUCGACUCGAUCAUUGGCAUCAAUGGCCGCACCAUCGACAACCCAGAACCUAGCCUCUUCGUCCAGGAACUGCGCAACUGUGCCGGCACCAACAUCAGCCUGGGAGUCUACAGCGCCAAAGGACAGCAGAUUCGCGAAGUCUUCAUCUCGGUCCCGUCAGACAGCUCGCCGCUAGGUCUCGCCUUGCAGUGGUCGCCACUCACGACAACCGAAGCCGUCUGGCACAUCCUCGAUGUCAUCCCCAACUCGCCUGCCGACGCCGCUGGUCUACUGCCAUACAGCGACUACGUCAUUGGAAGCCCGGAGGGUCUGAUGAGAGGCGACAGUGGGCUUAGUGAGCUUAUUGAAGAUUUCCUCAACCGCCCGCUCCGACUAUACGUUUACAACAACGAGUACGACGUGACUCGCAUGAUCACAAUCACACCUACGCGUGGUUGGGGCGGCGACGGCGCCUUGGGCUGUGUUCUGGGCUACGGAGCUCUUCACCGCGUCCCUGCUCCGUUGAACGAGCCUGCGCAAGCACCUGGAGAGACACUCUUCGAAACGGCCCGCUUCAGCAAUGAAGAGCGUCGCUCGACCUCGACUCCAACUGGCGACUUCCUCGUACCGGCCAACCUGAAUCUCAGCGCGACGACACCACCGGCAAGCAUCAGCGUGGGUGGAGAGAAGAGAGGUGCUAGGAAACAAAGAGUGCAUCAUGCUAUAUCGCCUACUGGUGGACUUGACGACUACUUUGCUGAGGGAGAGCAGAAGAGUCGUCUGCCACCACCCCCAAAGGCAGGUGGUCUACCAAGAGCUACCAAACCGCCUACCGUCGAUGCAGCUUCUGAGGAUCUGGAAGCAGAAGUAGGGGACGCUUGA